CUAAUAACACUCUCCAGAAUGUUGAUUAUUGCAGUCUCACUGUAUUCCUCUUGAAUCACUUAACUGUUUUCUUCUGUUCCUGCCUUAGACGGAAAAGCAAUUUGACUAGCAAAUUUGUUUGGUUUAUAUUUAUGUAUGACUUGAUACAACAACAUUCUUGUUCAUGAGUAAUGCUAUUAGCCUGCAUCAUAAUAUAAAUAAGUUAUACUUGCAGUUACAACAGUGAAAUAUAUGUUCUCUCUGAAGAUUCAAGUGAGAACAUAUUUAAGUUGAAUUUUUUACUAUAUUCUGGAUUUUAUUUUAAUUUUUUUUAUUUUCCCCAACUUCUAUUAUUUCAAAAAUGCUUGAUUUACCAGACAAAUUUAGCUCUUUCUGAAAAUCAGGCAAACACUGUAAAUGUUUUACACAGAAAUCUGAUAAUGUUUUGAAAAUUUUGACCGUAUAUUUAAAAAUCUUUCAGAAAUCCACAACAAAUGUAGAAACUUUCCAAAAUAAUCUAUUUUUCCAUAUCCUUUUCUUCCACAUUUCUAAAUAAGUAUUUCCCCUUUGCUGAGAUUUAUGCAAAAGUUUGCAUAAUAAUUGCUUAACACCUCACUUUUGGUUGAAAGGGGCUAUAAGGACAGGAAGCAUUUUCUUUUAAGGAAAACGGAUCUUUAUUUCCAAAUCCACCAUGAAUGCUUAAAUAACUAUGCUGCUGAUCACAAAUGCUUUCCUUUAAGAAUUUCCUUUUGGAAGACCACAACAACCAUAUUACUACUAUUGUUCUACCGCCAGAUGCCUCAUAAUGUAAUUUUUAGUCACAAAGCCAAAAGGAGAGACAGGGGCAUGUGUUCUUCACCAUAUUCUAUUCAUACACUUUUACAUUAUACUCUUUGACCCAAAGGACGUGUUGAUCAACCUUGGACAAUUCUGCUUUAAGUACCAUUAUUCCACCACAUCUUUCCACAGAGCAUAAGAGACCAUACUUUCUAGCUCUGUCUUUUCAAUUAGGCCCUGAAACAUUUUGAUUCACCUUGAUAUCAUAAGCUAUUCAUCUGAGCUCUGAGUCCUCCUUGUUGGGAUUGUCAGCACUUGUUUGCAACCAUAAGCAUGGUGAACAUUCAAUGAUGCACAUAUGUUGUUAUUCUGAAGCAACGAGCCCUUUUUUCCUGUGUCUUGUUCUUUUGGGAACCUGCAGCUGUUUCAAGCAGAACUCACCUUUUUGGAGGAAGGAUAUCUAACAGUGCUUUUCAGACAUUCCUUGUGCAUCUUGCACCAUUACAUUUGGAACAAGUCUUUAGAAAGAUGUCAUCAUCAAUACCACUUUGGCAAUCCAAACCACUUUCCAAGGAUAUGCCACUGACUGUGGGAAAAAGGAAGCAGGAGGCAUUUAAAUUCAACAGUCUCAUAGCCUUCCUGCUGAAACAACUAGUAAGAAGAGAACUCUCAGAAGAAAAACAGGGUUUAGGUCUACAAAGCCCUUCUUAUUGCAGAUUCCUAUCUGAGUGUUGAACACUACAGUGUCCUAUUGCCCAGUGUUUUCCGACAUACUUAUCCCUGCAAGGGCAAUUUGCUGUUCCUUAUGCAACAGACUCCUCACUACUAAGCCUUUGUAUAAUUUCUGUCAUAGAGCAAGGGCAUAAAUAAACUCCAGCAUUCUCCCUCCCCUCAAAAGAUUCUGAAGGAGUAUUUCUCACCAAUGCCACAGACCACCUACCAUCUACAAAAACUGUAAAUCACCUCUGGAUCUUCACUACUCUCUUCUUCAGGCAUUCCCUCAGAGUUCUUCAUAAACUAUCCCCACAUGUCAGAAGAUGUUCCACAAUCUUCCAGCAUGACAUUGACUCCCCAGCAACCUAGCCUUCAUGGAACCAGUUUUCCUUCCUUAUGAGUAAAUCCUUUGAACCUCUCGUCUCUUGCUUGCUGCUACACUCAUACAUUUUCAUGCAUUCAUAUAUACAUGAAAACAACCUUCCUGGUAGCCUUCAUUUCUGCAAGACACUAAAGAUCUCCUUGAAACAUCUGUUAAUGGGUAACUCUUGUAGUCAUACAUAGUACAAACAGACACACAGUUAAUCUCUUCCUUAAGAUGUAUUGUCUAUUUGUAUAUGUAUAACUUUUCCUCCUGUUCCUCUCCCUCAAAAUCCAAUCUACCUUUGUCAACAUGGUCAUCAAAAGGAAAGAGGAGGGAAGGAGAGGAUAAACAUGACACACUGCCUAUAAAUACAGGGUGAAAGCACUCAACUAGCAAUUACUGUGCAGAAAAAGCCACAUUGUAAAUGGAUCCAUAGAGAGUUUAAAUAACUGUUAUUGUCAAUUACCCAGUCUUUCUUCUAGAUAAAUUACCUAGAACAAUGUGGUUUAGUCACGCAUUCAUUCUGUAUUUCUAAGACAGGAUGGUAUCUUCUAUUCUAGAUAUUUUAAUAUAGUAAACUGAAAGCAGGAAGUAGGAGACAGGACCAGCAGCUACUUCAAAUCCUUUGCUGUGAAUGCCAUGGACUGUAGAGAUAUCAAAAGUAGAGAACAGGAAGGAAAAGAGCAGAACACACAAGGACAACUAUCUUUAGCCAUCCCUAUUAUUGUAAGGUGAGUAAAUUUCCUUUUGUCUUUGCUUAUUCCUGCAUACAUUUCAUUCUAGCUGUACACUGUUAACUAAGAUCAGUACACUAACACUGUUGUUGUAGAGGUCUUGGACAGGACUGCAUCUAACUGAAAGCAAACAUUCAUGUCUAAGCUCAUUUCUUUAAGCAAGCCCAUCUUCUGCAGGGUUAACAAAGAUCUACCCAAUGACAUCCAGGCACAGUUCAUCCCAUUCUAGGGCUUCUGUCACUAGCAGGUCAGAUUAACAACAAGCUCAUAUUGUAUCUCUUCAUGAAAGGAAAUGAGUCUGAUUAUUGUAAAUACUGACAUUAUCAAUGCCUUAGUGUAGAGAAAAUCAGUCACACCUUGACUGACUGCUGUAUUAAAAUACGCAUCUUAGAUCCUACGCUACAUAAUGUUUCAUAAAAGUAGAUCUGCAAACACUAGCUGCAGUUCUGUAUUCACCAAGGCAGAGAGAUUUUUAAUGGAAAUACUAUAAAUUGUAUGGGGCUGUUCUAAAAUGCCCAAACAUUUAAAGUCAUUGAUAUUUUAGAUAACUUAAAAGUAAAGACUUUAUCUGCAUAGGUGAUGUAUAUAUAAUGUGUCUUAAUAGAUUCACCAUAAGUGUCCAUGGGUAUAAAUUAUUUAUUUUGCUUAGUAAAGGAGACAAAAAUAUUAACAAUUUUUUUGAAUGCAGCAAACAAUUGCUCUAAGUUAAAAUAGCAUGGUAUUUAUAUCAUCUAACAAACAGGAACAGUUUUACUUCCGUGUUACUUCUGGUUUUGUUCUCAAAUCACUUAUGGGGUAAGUGAAUAACUUGAUUAAUGUGGAAUCUAAGAAAAAAAUUAAGACCAGGAUAUAUAAGAUGUUAAAAUGAAGCAAUGUUGAAGGAGAAGGAAUGCUUAUCUAUCUGAAACAGUAACUCCUAGUUCCCAUCUACUUUUCAAAUGUCCUUAAUUAGGUCAACUUUUUUUACAGCAAUAUAUAAAAAAGAAUCAGGGGAGAGCUUAGAAAGAAUUAAGCUACUAUAGGUGUACGAUGACCAACAGGUCAGCAUUAUCUACAUACAUAUGGUACAUAUACCACAUUUUGGAUUAAUCAAUAUGCUUGUUUCUUGUACAAACUCUUCAGUCAUUCCUUGACAUGUACAUAUUUCACAGUGAUGUAAAAUAAUACAUAAUUUCCAUGUUGUUCAAAAAGCAAGCAAACAAAUAAACAAAAUUUAUGCACACAUUCCAAGGGAUGGGUAGAAGGUGGUGCUACGGAAUUAUGACAUUUUUCCAUCCACAAAGUGAACUCAGCAUAGAAAUUCCUAAUCUAAAUUCUGUUUUCCCAAAAUUUUCUGUUGGGUAGCUCUACAGAAGUUUUAUCUCCAUGUAUCUGUCUAUUCUUUAAUGUAAAAGAAGAUGAGUAAUUAAAUAUGAGAGUUAUUUAUGUAUCUGCUAAACCAGAAACAACUCAGACAUUAAUCUUCAUGCAUGCUAGAAUUCAGAAUUUCAGUUCAGAAUGCUGAUAUUUCAAGUUUUGGCUUGUUAAUGGUAUAUUCAAUGAAGCAUACAACAAUCUGGCUUUGCAGAUGUUUAUAAUUUAUUUCUUGCAAUUUCCUGAGGAGCUCCAUAAAUCAUCAGAAACUUAGCUGCUCACUUGGCUCUCAUUUGAAAUCUUUCCUUUGAAGACAUGAUUGUUCUUUCUAACUCCCAUUCGUCCUUUAUUACCCAUGAGACUUUAAAGAUGGAAAAAGGUAUGUGCUUUCUAUCUAAGAAUCUUUUAUUGAUACAGAGUUUCUAAACUAUCCUUCAAAAUUUCUCAAGAAUUCCUCAGGAAAAAAAUUAAAAGCUAAGAGGAAUUUCUGUGUCGGAACUUUCAAAAAAGUUUCCUUUGAGUUCCUGAUAGAGGAUGUGUAUUUUCUUUAUCAUCACCAAUGCUAUUAAUCAAUAUUUUUUCUUCCUGUGGCCUUGUUUUUAAUUUGCCACAUGAUGGCCUCAUUUGUUCAGACAACAUUUAAGUUACUCUGCAUUUUCGUUUUGAAAUUUUCUUUUCUUCUUCAUGUAUAUCUUACUCAACUCUAUACAUACAGUGUUCCAUCUAAUCCAAAGACCAAUAUUCGUAGGAGCUUUUGGUUACUGUCCAGGAUCCUCAUUCUCUUUUCUGCCCAAGGGAACAGUAUCAGUUUACAGUCCUGACAGCAUUACUACCAUGUCUACUAAAGUCAGAGCUCUUAAGACCUAGGCUAAGGCAGUAGACAAUAACUGCUCUUCCCAGAUUGUACUGUGUUAAGCAGUCCUACUGGAGGCAACCAAUUAUGGUAGAUAAUGUUUAUCUUAGCAUUUAAAUCAAAGACCUUUCAUUUAUUUCUUCUUAAUCUAAUCUUAUUUGUCAUAAAAUACAUUAAGAUAAAGAAGAAGGUUAAACGAAAGUCUUCCUACGUAUUAAAAAUAUUUCUGAGUAUUACAAGAGCAGAGAGGUUUUUGUUUAGUCUGGAUAAUUUCAUUCCAGAUACAUAGUUUGAGUGCCACUUUCCUAAGUGAAUUACUUCUUUAAGAGAUAUUAUGUUGAACACCACUAACAUUCUACAUUGAAUUUCAGGUGUCCUAUAAUUUUUAAAGAACAGAUGUAGAAAUUUACAAAACAAGGUAUUAAAAUGCUACAGUUAUGUUAAAGUGAAACUUUUCACCUGCAAGACAACAGGCAUUUUACCAUUGAUGUCAGUAUUUUAUACUAGCUGAAUUUAGUAAUUCCUUCUAACAGAAGAUAAAAGCAUUACAUAAUUGCUUGAUUUUGCAGCCAUGGAUAGGAAUUUCAAUGUUUGUUUCAAUUUAACAUACCACAGACUUUAAAACUGAUGUACAAUGCACUUGCAUGUCACCCAAAUUAAAAUACCAAUCUUAAAAGCAUUUAAUUAUGUAAUUGGCAAAACUGGCUGCCAUGAGUGUACAAAGAUGGUUUAUCUCUCUAAGUUCAGGAAACGUCUGUUUCCAGGAUGAGACUUCUUCACAAGAAGCAAUGUCUGGUGAUUAUAUUCACAAAAAUCAUAAAAGAAAAGUGCCCUGCAAAUGUGCUCUCGUCCAAAAAAAAAAAAAAAUAGAUAGCUACACAAUUCAAACCUUUCAGUUCCCAACUGUAGAGGAAAUGUAAGUCAGUUUGGUUGGUGCUUGAAACACAAAACCAGCCCUGACAUUUCUGAGAAGCCUCGUAGAGCACUAACACAGCCUUCUCUGGCUGCUCCCACUCAUCCAGCUUUAGGAGUUCGUGUGUAUGUAGCUGCUUGUACAGUUGGGCACUGGCCGUGACUACAAAUCUUAUGCAGUCACCUACAAACAUCAGAAAAGUAGUUGCAGUCUACCUGCCCAUAACCCGCCAUCGGUCUCCUUCUAGUGGACAGAGUAAAUCCCUCUUUUAGGAGUUUGCCUCAGGAUUCCCAUAUAAUUUCCAAAAGCAAAGGAUCAGAAUAUUCAUGCAAACAAAAGGAACUUCUCUCUCAUAUUAAGUCAACAAAAGUUUUGGGUUAUUGUUUUUAUCCACAGCUUGGUUACUAAAUACUCAAAUUAUAUUUCAAAUGUUAAGCUUCAGAAUACCCACAUGUCAGUAAGAAAUAUUACAUCCGAUUCAGGAGGAAUCAUUUCAACAUUUUCAAGUGUUUUUGCCUACUGACUUCAGUUCCAGAGAUGAUAAGCAACUGACAAAUUGGCGAGUUACUUGGAUUCCAGCCUACGGAUUGAGAUUACUUAUCUUAGGCAUCUGAGUAUAAUUUUUUACCCAUUUACCAUCAUACAUGGUAAGAAAUUAAGUCUGUCAUCUUAAAAGGUCCGUAUUAGGGAAUUCACAUAUUAAACGGAUACUUGAACACUGCAAUAUCAAUUUGUUCUCAAGUUAUAUAUUUUCCAUGUUUACAGAGGUAGCUAUGUUAUACUAUUUGGUCAUAGCAAAUUCCUUAACUUUACCUUAUUAUAUCUUAAUUGCAUUUGACCUAGAGAACCCAUUUUCUAUUUCACACCUGUUCUUCAGUUAUAGCUAUCUGAAAACCUGGAGUCUACAUUUAUAUAUUCAAAAACCAGACUAGAGAAGGCCCUGCGCAAUGUGCUCUGCUUGACCCUCCUUGAGCUAUGGUUUGGCAUAAUGAUCUCAAGAAAUGCCUGCAAACCUCCUCCAUUCUGUGAUUCUGUGCAGGAAAAACCUUGGUCAACCAUGUGGAUCCAAUGACACAGCUUCCGGUACAUCAAAGCCCUUCAGUACACUACAAGCCAUAUUAAAAACAAAAUAGUCAUAAAAAGAAUCCUUGAAAUACUUUAUGACCUUUGUUUUCAUCCCCAGUUUUGGCUGACAGCCUGAGCUGAGGAAUCAGCCUUGGGUUGUGUUUCCCCAGAACAGACAGGGGUGUUUUGUCAUGUUACCAACAAGCCAUCACUUCUAACAGUGUAUAGUUUAGACAGCAUGACAGCAAGCUAUGCCUUUACUCAGUGAAAGCCAAGGACUGGCAAACCUUUGUGUUUGGAAUUGCAGGUAGUUAUUUACAGGACAGCCAUAGGAAGCUGAAAUAUGGAUGCUCGGGUACUGCCGUUGUUGCUUCUUUCUCGUCUUCUACAGCAGCUCUCUCCUUCCCCUCUGCCACCUCCUAGCACAACUGCAUUGCUGUAAGUCCCUCAAAGGCCACUCUGAGAACUCAUCAUGAAGGAGAACACUGAGUUCCUCCAAGUCCCUAAGAGCUCUCACAUCACCAAACCUCAUUUUGACUGUUCAAAACUUUUUUUUUUUUUAAGCUUUCCAACCCUUCUCAACCAACACUAUCAAAUUCUCAAAAGAAUGUUGUUUCUCCAGAUAAAACCACAACCAUAAAACUUUGAGGUAAAAUCGUUCAAGAGAUAAAAUAUAACACAGUUUAAAUCCUAUUAUAAAAUUUAUAUGCAUUUUCUGUUACCUAUUUUAAGAGUAGGGCUAAAGAGUCUGUAUGAGCAUUUGUCAUUGAGGAAAGUAUAUGAUUUUCUGCAAAUGAAGUCCAUCUUUUGGCCACAAGAUACCCAAAAGGGACCACACUGACUCCCAUUCAGUUAGAUCAUGGAUUGCUGAACAGUGAUAACAAGAACACCUACCCUUGAACAGCUUAUGGUGCAUUCAUGGCCCAGUGUGAUGGUCUGUUCCAGGAAAUGGUGCUUUUUUCGUCAUUCUGAUUACUUGUGAACCUUAUGAGGAAUGAUUAAAAUAGGAAGAAAGAUAAUUCAUUUGGAAGGAAUUAAAAAGAGACUUCUCAGACACUUUCAAGAGUGACAAUGAUAAAACAGGCUCUUCAAAACUGUUCAUCACUGAGCACUCCAUUUCUGGAGGCAGAGUGUACACAUAGUACUUCAUAGACCUAGCAGGCUCCAAGGGGGUAUGUGCCAGUUUUCAAAAGUAAAUUGAGCAAAGUCCAGCCUCACUGCUCAGUCCAAACCAACCUACUCCUAUUGACUGAUGAAUAACCUUCCAGAACAGGUGAAAACAGAUUAAGAACAGCCCUCUGAUUAAAAUGCAUUCCGAAGAUGAAAUAAAGUUUUGCAGAAAUGGUGAUAGUAUUGCCAUAUCAUAUCAGGACUAUGGAUCGGAAGGCAAAUGCAGUGAGGACAAGAAGAAAUCUGAGAAACUGAAUAUGGUCAGCCUGUUUGCAGUGUUCCGAUACUCUGACUGGCGAGAUAAACUCUUCAUGGUGCUCGGCACCACCAUGGCUGUACUCCACGGAGCAGGACUCCCCCUCAUGAUGAUUGUCUUUGGUGACAUGACAGAUAGCUUCAUUACCUCAGAGAACAUCACUUAUCCAGCAAAUUUUUCUUCAUGGAACUAUACGUCAGUGAACUUUUCUAUAGAAGCUUUUUCUUAUGCUCUGAUGGGACAGUUGGAGGAAGAAAUGACCAGAUAUGCAUAUUAUUAUUCUGGAAUAGGAGCUGGUGUUCUUUUUGCUGCCUACAUGCAAGUUUCAUUUUGGACGCUGGCUGCUGGCCGGCAAAUAAAAAGAAUCAGACAAGAGUUUUUUCAUGCUGUAAUGAGACAGGAGAUUGGAUGGUUCGAUGUAAAUGAUGUAGGCGAACUUAACAGUAGACUUGUAGAUGACAUCUCCAAGAUUAAUGAAGGAAUAGGGGAAAAAAUGGCAAUGUUCUUUCAGGCAGUGGCUACCUUUUUAGCUGGGUUUAUAGUUGGUUUUACAAAAGGCUGGAAAUUAACACUUGUGAUUCUGGCACUCAGUCCUGUUCUGGGAUUCUCAUCAGCUCUCUGGGCAAAGAUAAUUUCUGCAUUCACUAACAAAGAGCUAACUGCAUAUGCAAGAGCAGGAGCUGUUGCAGAGGAAGUUCUGGCAGCAAUUCGAACUGUGGUAGCAUUUGGAGGACAGAGAAAAGAAAUUGAAAGAUACCAAAAAAAAUUAGAAGAUGCCAAACGCAUUGGUAUAAAAAAGGCUAUUUCAGCCAAUAUUUCUAUGGGUAUUUCUUUCUUUUUGGUAUAUGCAUCAUAUGCUUUGGCCUUCUGGUAUGGAACCACUUUGAUACUCUGCGAUGAUUAUACACUUGGAACAGUCUUUACAGUCUUCUUUUCUAUAUUACUGGGAGCUUUUAGUGUUGGACAGACUGCACCAAGUAUGGAGGCUUUUGCCAAUGCAAGAGGAGCUGCUUAUGCAAUCUUUAGUAUUAUAGACAAUGAACCUCAAAUUGACAGUUCGUCUGAUGCUGGCUAUAAACCGAAGCACAUUAAGGGGAAUUUGGAAUUCCGAAAUGUUUACUUCAAUUAUCCUGCUAGGCCAGAUACUAAGAUACUGAAGGGCUUGAAUCUCAAGGUCAGCUGUGGCCAGACAGUGGCCCUGGUUGGUGGCAGUGGCUGUGGGAAAAGUACAACUGUCCAGCUCAUCCAGAGAUUUUACGAUCCCAAGGAAGGCACGGUUACCAUUGAUGGACAUGAUAUUAAGACCCUAAAUGUAAGAUAUCUGCGUGAGAUUAUUGGUGUGGUGAAUCAAGAGCCUGUGCUCUUUGCUACUACUAUUGCAGAAAAUAUUCGUUAUGGCCGUGAGAACGUCACCAUGGAAGAGAUUAAAAAAGCCACCAAGGAAGCAAAUGCUUAUGACUUCAUUAUGAAGCUACCCCAUAAGUUUGAAACCAUGGUUGGAGAAAGAGGGGCACAGCUGAGUGGAGGUCAGAAGCAAAGAAUAGCAAUUGCCCGAGCUCUGGUUCGCAAUCCUAAAAUUCUUCUGCUUGAUGAGGCGACAUCAGCUUUGGAUACUGAGAGUGAAUCAGUUGUGCAGGCAGCACUGGACAAGGUCAGGAAAGGACGAACUACACUUGUUAUCGCUCAUCGUUUGUCAACAAUUCGAAAUGCGGAUCUUAUAGCUGUCUUUGAAAACGGUGUCAUCACAGAACAAGGGACUCACAAUGACUUAAUAGAACAGAAGGGAAUCUACUACAAGCUUGUUAAUAUGCAGGCAUCAGGGACUGAGGAUCAGUUAGAGGAAGAAGGUAAUGCACCAUUUGUCUCACAGGAGGCACGGAAAGGAUCAAUACAGAAAAGACAGUCCACUCAGAAAAGCAUAAAAAGGUUCAGAAUACAGAAUGGUGAACCUGAUGUAGAAGCUGCUGAGCUUGAUAAAAGCAUACCUCCAGUUUCAUUUUUUAAAAUUAUGGAGUUGAAUAAAACUGAAUGGCCAUACCUUGUUAUUGGAACUUUAUGUGCUAUUAUCAAUGGGGCCUUGCAACCCAUAUUUUCAGUCAUUGUUUCUGACGUUAUAGGGAUGUUUGUAGAAAAGGGAGAGGCUGCCAUCAGGAACACAAAUAGCACAUAUGCACUACUCUUCUUAGGUUUUGGAAUAAUUUCUUUUGUCACUUUUUUUCUUCAGGGUUUCACAUUUGGCAAAGCUGGAGAGAUCCUUACAAUGAGGCUUCGAUCCAUGGCAUUCAAAGCAAUGCUGAGACAGGACAUCAGCUGGUUUGAUGAUCCCAAAAAUAGCACUGGAGCAUUAAUUACAAGACUUGCUAAUGAUGCGUCACAAGUGAAAGGAGCUACAGGUUCAAGACUGGCACUGAUUGCCCAAAAUGUAGCUAAUCUUGGGACUGGGAUUGUUUUAUCAUUGAUCCAUGGCUGGCAGCUGACUCUUCUGCUUUUAGCCAUUGUGCCAAUUAUUGCUGUUACAGGAAUGAUUGAAAUGAAGAUGCUUGCUGGACAUGCAAAAAAAGAUAAAAAGGAACUGGAAAUUGCAGGAAAGAUUGCUUCAGAAGCCAUAGAAAAUAUUCGAACUGUUGUUACAUUGACUCAGGAAAGAAAAUUUGAGCUUAUGUAUGAACAAGGUUUGCAAGCAUCAUAUAGAAAUUCUGUAAAGAAAGCACAUAUCUUUGGAUUUACUUUUGCCUUUACACAAGCUAUUAUGUACUUUACUUACGCUGGGUGUUUUAGGUUUGGUGCCUAUCUAGUAAGAAACGGACAUAUGCAGUUUAAAGAUGUGCUUUUAGUUUUUUCAGCUAUUGUAUUUGGUGCAAUGGCAUUAGGACAAAGCACUUCUUUCACUCCAGACUAUGCCAAAGCCAAGAUGUCAGCUGCCCACUUGUUCAUGCUGUUUGAAAGAGAACCCUCCAUAGAUAGCUACAGCGAGGAGGGAGAGAAGCCUAAAAUAUUUGGUGGAAACGUAACAUUCAAUGACGUGGCAUUUAACUACCCAACCCGACCAGAGGCCAAAGUGCUCCGAGGUUUGAACAUCAAUGUAGAAAAAGGAGAAACUCUGGCUCUUAUUGGUAGCAGUGGCUGUGGAAAGAGCACGGUUGUUCAGCUGCUUGAGAGAUUUUAUGAUCCACUCAGUGGAGAAGUGCUGCUGGAUGGUCAAAAUGCAAAGACACUAAAUGUUCAGUGGCUGAGAGCUCAGAUUGGCAUCGUCUCACAAGAACCAAUGCUGUUUGACUGCACUAUUGCUGAAAACAUCGCAUAUGGGGAUAACAGUCGGGAGGUGCCGCAUGAGGAAAUUGUUCAUGCAGCACAAGAAGCCAACAUCCAUUCCUUCAUUGAAUCACUACCAAAGAAAUACAGCACACGUGUGGGAGACAAAGGAACCCAGCUCUCUGGUGGUCAGAAGCAACGUAUCGCUAUUGCCCGAGCUCUGGUACGGCAGCCCCGAAUCCUGCUGUUAGAUGAAGCUACCUCUGCGCUGGAUACAGAAAGUGAAAAGAUUGUCCAGGAAGCGCUGGAUAAAGCCAGAGAAGGUCGCACCUGCAUCGUGAUAGCUCAUCGCCUCUCCACUGUCCAAAAUGCUGACAAGAUUGCCGUGAUCCAAAACGGCAAGGUUGUAGAGCAAGGGACCCAUCAGCAGCUCCUGGCUGAAAAAGGCAUCUACUAUUCUCUGGUCAAUGUUCAAAUUGGGUCAUGGAAUGUGUGACAGGGGACAGUACCCUUUGCUGAAGUGCAGCCGUACAGCUGGUUCAGGCCUUUGUAUAAGACUGUUGAGGAUGUUCCACUACUGGUUUUGUAGUCAAACUCUGUAAAUAGUUUCCUUAUACCCCUUAACUAUUAAAUAACUGCGGUACAUUUGCUUUAAGAACCCAACCCUCUUCUUCCACCAGCACAAAAAUUCAUAGUUGCUCAAGUUAAAGAUGACACAGCAGUCAUGACAAGGCCCCGCUGACUUGCCACACUGCAAAAACGAAGGACUCUGGGUGUGAAGGGCCCCUCCUGUCCUGUGGGCACUGCGAGGAUCAGCGUUGGGCACAAAAGCAGUCUCUGGAAAGGAACAGAGUAGCUGUUGCUUCUGCACAAACAUGCCAGCACUCCAAGGCAGAAGGCAGGCAGUGAUGUGCUCCUCCGCAAAGCCAGGCCCAAAGCGCCAUUCCAGGUACGACUGUUUCUAAAUAAAUGCGUGUGCAACCCAAAGCGGGGCAAAGGAAGCCUGAGGAAACCUGUUGGGACUGGCAACUGGCUCAGUCCCACUGAUGCAGAAACCCAGCUCCUGUUUUCGCCUUGUCACUGCACUGAUGUGUGCAGCCAAUUUCCACGACCCCCCACUUAAGCCUCAGCGUCUUCAAAGCAAGUGGUGCCCGGCCUGCGACAUCAGGACUGCUCAGCUUAACCAGCCAGAUCUGAAAACGAAGCUCCUACUGCACAGUGCUCCUUCUGCAUCGGCUACACAUGCAUCACUUAUACGUGCUCCCAAAUCCACAUAGGGAAAAAAAAAAACCCACUUAACACAUUAUGCAUUAGUUCCGUAUGGUCUAUAGAGCAUAAAAUUAGCAAAGCAACUUUGAAUCAGAAAUGCUUUAUUCCUUUGUUAACAAAUUAACACCAUGCUCACAAAUUUGCGCAUCCACAGCACAGAACAAGUAGCUCUAACAACUCACAGAUUUUAAUUUUGUUCUCCCUGGAUACAUUUCUGCCUGUCCUCCAUUCCCCUAGGCAAGGCACAGACUGUCCCAGCUGAACAGGAAAUUCUGCUUAUGCUCGUGACAGGAUGACGUUUUCUCAAUGAUAGACUCUUUCAGCAAGUGUUCUUCCUUACUUCUGCCAGGAUUUCUAUGCUCCGAAAACCCCUCAGAGAGGCUGGGGUAGGUGUGUGGAAAAAAAUGCAAAUAAAUGCAAAAUUACACCCAUCAUCAGACUUCAGGCUGUUUUAAAUCAACACUCAAAGCAAACUGUCAUCAUUGUUGCAAACAGGUUUACCAACCCAAUUGAGGGGUGAAAUGUUGUAAAAUCUGAGACAGAACUUAUUAAAAAAUAAUUAAAAAUCACCAUGCAUAGCUUGAUCCAAAAUCCUAAUCUAUCUCACAGAAACCACAGCAUCAUAAAGACACGUGCUCCACUAACCAAGAGAUUUCAGAAAGUCAUUCACCUCCAAGAAAGAGACCAGGCUAUUAUGAGCACUCCAGAACACGAAUUGA